AACUGCUCUUAUUGGGUUUGACAAAAUUCAUUAAAAAUGAUUGUUUGUUUGCCCGCGCAUUUAAUUCGACUUCAAUCUGAUUUCCGACCACUAGGUUCUUCUCUGGCGGUGGAUUGGCCGAUAAGUGCUUCAAAAUUUCAAAAGGAUUCCUAUUUUUGGGGAGAGCUGCAAUUUCAGAACAUUCAGAACCGGUGGAAAAGUGGAAAGAUCAAUAUCUUCUUCUUGCAAGGCAUCCCUAGUUCUUAGAAGGUCAAUAGAAUUUUUAAAGUCAUUCACCAUAAGAGGAGCUCUGGUAGGAUUGGGAGGAUUCAAAAAUUCAAAGUCACCAAAAUGUAAAAUAUAGUCCCCCUCUUAAAAUCUGUAAUUUCAAUCGUUGAUCGUACAAAACCGCAUAUAUUCUUAUUUACUUGAAUUUGGGCUUCACUACAAUUUGUGAGAUUCAGAGUUUCAGUGGCUAUGUCGACAAGACCUCCAAAGUGAUCCCCAAUAAUCUCAGACGUGCUUCUACACCAAUUAUCCAAAGGAAGGUUCUUAUUUGUUAACCAACCUCCAUAGUCUUGAUUGUGUCUGAUGUUGUCCCAUCUUUCAAAUUUGAGAUGAAAAUUCCCCUAGGCUUGCCACUUUCCUUUUUCACGAAUAAAGUCCUUGAUUGACCCUUGAUCAAUGCAUUCUCACCAAAUAAAGGGUUUAUUAUGAUUUUUGUUUGAAGAAAUUCUUCCAACUGCUUUUGGAUCACUCUCCAGUCAUCCGAUGCAAAUAAUUUGGAAACAAUCCAUAGGUUUUCAAAAUUAACCUUAGCAACGUCAUGGUUCUUGAUCACCCACUGUCCUUGGCAGUUUGAUUUCUGGUUUGGUGUGCUAUCCCCGUCCGCUUUUUUGUCUUCAUGCCAACCAACUACUUCUGAGACUUUCUUUGCAACAGAAAUGUUGCUUUUGUAGUUUUAACUUUAUCUACGUAACUUAAAUUGCUUGGAGGGGGAUCCAUCCGUUCUUUUAAAUUGCUUGGAGGGGGAUCCAUCCGUUCUUUCCUCUAAGCUUAGAGAAAACCUUCAUCCUUCCUUUGUCUGCUUCGCCCAGUUUCUGGAAGAAACUUAUCCUCUGGUUCUCUUUAUAAAUUCGAGACAGCUUUUAGAAACCAUUCAGAUUGCUUCCUAGUGAGGGACAAUACUCUGCUGGCUUCUACAUCUUUUUUUUUUGAAAGGAGAUGACCUCUUUAUUAAUAUAACAAUAAUGAGACAAAAGCUCAUAGUACAAGAGAAUUAUACAAUGAGCAUGUAACCAUGGAUCAGGAGAUGCACCUGGACAUCUCAACUAGGUUGACACCCCAUAGCACCCUCAUCAUAUCCAAACAAGCUAAAAACCAAAACAAAGGAAUCUUAGUAGUAAAUACUCUGCUCGCUUCUACAUCUUCUACAUGAAAUCUAUUUCCUUCUUUCCAAGUGCAAUAGUGAGCCUAAAGAACUUUGCAACUGACUACUUCCAUCAUUAAUGGUGGGAUCCUUAGCAGGGAAAUGGCAGGGGAGAAAUCUGGCAACAGGAUGGUUAGAAGAGAGGAGAGAGGAGAGAGAAUGUAACAAAGAGGAGGAGGGGGGGGAAGAGAACUUACCUUUUCCAAUCCUCUAAGUACUGCUAUACUGCGUUCAUUAUUUCAAUAAAAAAGAUCUUGUUUCCGUUUAAAAAUAAAGUGAUGAAGUCAAAAACAGUUGUUUUUAAUGUUGCUUGGGCCUUUGGAGAUACUUUUAGCUUAAAUGUUCGACAAGUUUUAUUGGAUCUCUUAUUGAAGAAGGGGUUGAGACUAAUUUGGGUGAACAUGGCUAAGGCCUUGCUUGCGGAUUUAUGGUUUGAACGGAAUCAAAGGAUUUUCCACGAUAAGGAAUUGGGCUGGUUUGAUUGCUUUGAAUCAGCAAGCCACAAGUUUUUUGCUUGGUGCACAUUGGCCAAGGAAUUCAAAGACUAUUCCAUCCAGGAGCGUUGCUUGAAUUGGCGGGCAUUUAUCUUCCCUGACCAUUAGAAGACACCUUUUGAUUCAAUUCCUAUUCAGUUGUCAAUCGAGCUUUUAUUGGAUGGUUCUGUAAAGGGAUUUGCCCUCUAGUUACUGUGUUUGUCUGUAUGUUUUUUUUUUCUUUCGUCUUGUCUCUUUUGGCUUUAAUGAGCUGCAUCCUUGGAGUUAUUUAGCUUGUGAUUAUCUUGUUCCAAUGUGAUGGAGGUGCUAAGGGGUGUCAAACUAGUUGGAAUGUCCAGGUUUUUGGAUGUAAGAAUUGGCGAGCCUUCUGUGACGGUGAAUGCUGUGAGUGAAACUAUCAAUCCUCACAUGUGUCGCUUAUCCGAUCUAACAUAUGCUGCUCCAAUACUAGUUGAUAUCGAGUACAUAGAAGAAAGUCAUGCACAAAAAGCCCCAAGGGAGAAGAAGGACGUCGUCAUCGGGAGAAUGCCUAUAAUGUUACGAAGUCGUUGUUGUGUUUUACAUGGAAAAGAUGAGGCUGAACUUGCGAGGCUUGGUGAAUGCCCACUUGAUCCUGGAGGCUAUUUUAUAAUCAAGGGAACCGAAAAGGUAGUUUUGAUUCAAGAACAACUUUCAAAGAACAGGAUUAUCAUUGAUACUGACAAAAAGGGGAAUAUAAAUGCAUCCGUUACAAGCAGCACUGAGGCAACAAAAAGUAAAACAGUUAUUAAGAUGGAAAAUGAGAAGAUUUAUCUUCAGCUCAAUAUAUUUACUACACCAAAGAUUCCCAUUAUGGUGGUCUUGAAGGCUAUGGGCAUGGAGAGUGUUCAAGAAGUUGUGCAAAUGGUUGGAAGGGAUCCUCGAUAUGGAGCCCUACUUCUUCCAUCAAUUGAGGAAUGUGCGAAGGAAAAAAUAUAUACACAAGAACAAGCAUUAGAGUAUCUUGAGACAAAGGUGAAGAAGUUUCAAUUUGCUAGUGCUCCUCCAGAAAAGGAAGGAAGGGCUCUAGGGAUACUUCGCGAUGUUUUUCUUGCCAAUGUCCCUGUGUAUAAGAAUAACUUCCAUCCAAAAUGCAUAUAUGUUGCAGUUAUGAUGAGACGGAUGAUGGAUGCAAUUUUGAGUAAAGAUGCUAUGGAUGACAAGGAUUAUGUGGGCAACAAACGUUUGGAGCUUUCUGGCCAGUUGAUCUCUUUACUUUUUGAGGAUUUAUUCAAGACAAUGGUUAGUGAAGUGAAGAAGACGAUUGAUAAACUUCUUGGAAAGCACAGUAGGUCAAGUCGGUUUGACUUCUCACAGCAUCUGAAUUCAAACAUUAUUUCAUUUGGGCUAGAAAGGACCCUUUCAACUGGUAACUGGGAUGUCAAAAGGUUCAGGAUGCAUCGGAAGGGGAUGAGUCAGGUUCUUGCCAGGUUAUCUUUUAUUUCUACUAUGGGCCAUGUGACUAGAGUCUCUCCUCAGUUUGAGAAGUCCAGGAAAGUUAGUGGCCCAAGAGCCUUACAACCUAGUCAGUGGGGUAUGCUUUGCCCAUGCGAUACUCCAGAAGGUGAGGCUUGUGGACUAGUAAAAAACUUGGCUUUGAUGACUCAUGUAACAACUGAUCAAGAAGAAGGCCCAUUAAUUUCUUUGUGCUAUUGUUUGGGUGUCGAAGACUUGGAGCUUCUUUCUGCAGAAGAGCUACACACACCAAAUUCCUUUCUUGUUAUUUUUAAUGGACGGAUUCUUGGCAAGCAUAGGAGGCCACAGUAUUUUGCUACUGGUAUGAGAAUGCUGAGGAGAGCUGGAAAAAUUGGGGAGUUUGUCAGUGUCUUUGUGAAUGAGAAACAGCACUGUGUAUACAUUGCUUCUGAUGGAGGACGGGUUUGCCGUCCACUUGUCAUUGCUGACAAAGGUGUAUCUAGGAUUAGAGAAUACCAUAUGAAAGAGUUAUCGGAUGGAGUCCGUACAUUUGAUGAUUUUUUACGGGAUGGUUUAAUUGAGUAUCUUGAUGUGAAUGAGGAGAAUAAUGCUUUGAUUGCUUUAUAUGAAGGAGAAGCUACACCUGAAACAACCCAUAUCGAGAUAGAGCCCUUGACCAUUUUAGGUGUUGUAGCUGGACUAAUUCCUUAUCCUCAUCAUAACCAGUCACCUAGAAACACGUAUCAGUGUGCUAUGGGAAAGCAAGCCAUGGGAAAUAUUGCAUACAAUCAGUUAAGACGGAUGGACACAUUACUUUACUUGCUGGUGUAUCCCCAGAGACCCUUAUUAACAACCAAGACAAUUGAGCUGGUUGGAUAUGACAAGCUCGGAGCAGGCCAGAAUGCAACCGUUGCCGUCAUGAGUUACAGUGGCUAUGAUAUAGAGGAUGCAAUUGUCAUGAAUAAAUCGUCACUUGAUCGUGGUUUUGGUCGUUGUAUUGUUUUUAAGAAAUAUUCUUCUGUCAACCAGAAGUAUGAAAACAACACUGCUGACAGGAUAGUAAGGCCAAAUAGAAAUGAAGAUUUUACAGGAAAUAUGCAGAUACUAGAUGAUGAUGGACUUGCUGCACCAGGAGAGAUAAUUAGACCAAAUGACGUUUAUGUCAACAAACAAUCCCCCAUCAUAACGAAAGGAUCGCCCUUACCAGGAAUACCAGAUAGUGCAUAUAGACCUUGCAGACAAAUAUUUAAAGGUUCUGAAGGAGAACCAACAGUGGUUGAUAGGGUGGCUCUUUCCACAGAUAAGAAUGACUGUUUAUGUAUCAAAUUCUUGAUUCGUCAGACCCGUAGACCAGAGCUCGGUGAUAAGUUCAGUAGCAGACAUGGACAAAAAGGUGUCUGUGGCACAAUUGUGCAGCAAGAAGAUUUCCCAUUUUCAGAACGUGGAAUUUGUCCGGAUCUAAUUAUGAAUCCUCAUGGAUUUCCGAGUCGAAUGACAGUGGGGAAGAUGAUUGAACUUUUAGGUGGAAAGGCUGGGGUUUCAUGUGGUAGGUUUCACUAUGGUAGUGCAUUUGGAGAGCCAAGUGGUCAUGCAGAUAAAGUUGAUGCUAUAAGCGAGACUCUUAUCGAGAGGGGCUUCAGUUACAACGGGAAGGACUUUCUUUACUCAGGUAUCACAGGUUGCCCACUACAAGCAUAUAUAUUUAUGGGACCAAUUUACUACCAAAAGUUAAAACACAUGGUCUUGGACAAAAUGCAUGCUCGAGGUAGUGGUCCACGCGUCAUGUUAACUAGACAACCAACAGAAGGAAGAGCUAGGAAUGGAGGACUGCGCGUAGGAGAAAUGGAACGUGAUUGUUUAAUUGCUUAUGGUGCUAGCAUGCUGAUUUACGAACGCUUAAUGAUCUCAAGCGAUCCUUUUGAAGUUCAGGUCUGCAGAGUUUGUGGCUUGUUGGGAUAUUACAAUCACAAGCUAAAAACAGGAAUCUGUUCAUCGUGUAAAAAUGGAGAUAAUAUCUCCACUAUGAAGCUUCCAUAUGCGUGCAAGCUCUUAAUACAGGAACUCCAAUCUAUGAACAUCGUUCCUCGUCUAAAGCUAGCAGAAGCGUGAUCAGAAUCAAAGCCAUGAUUCAAACAGAGUACAUAGUCGAAAAUUUUUGAAAAGCACAUUUGCAAGCCAAUCAUCCAAACUGCAGGAUAAAAUGAGGCCUUACGUUCCUACCUAACUCGGGUUCAUACAUGCACAUUGCGCAACAUCAUGUCACCGAGAGGCAAAUCCAUUUUCUGCUAUUCUUAUGCAAAUAAGCUAGUGAGAGAAAGUACUAGAAAAGUUUUUGGGGAAGGUCAUAUUAUUGGGUGACAUCAUGUUAUUUUACCGGAUUGCUCAGUUAUGCAAUUGAAAAUGAAAGAUCCUUAGUUUUGAAUCUUUUGUGACUGUUGUAAAGAGACGUGGAGUUGUGUAUGGUUGAUAAAAAUUAUUGUUAAACAAAAGUUUUUUCUUAUCCAUCUUUAA